AUGUUGCAGAAGAACACCGCGUCUUCACGCAAGAACUUUCGUCAGACACAACGUGAGGUGGAGAAGGCUGUAAGGAGUGCCAAGGAAACUUGGAUUGAAGAAAUCGCAUCCCAAGCUGAAAAUGCUGCUAACAAUUGUUCCGUUCGUUGGGCUGCAAUCCGCAAGUUGCAGACGCUCCAUCAAGGCCGCCGUCCAAUGCAGCCGUCUGCUGUGUAUUUGGAAGAUGGCACGUUGAGUGAUGGACCCGAGGCUGUCAGUGGAAGAUGGCUGCAGCACUUUCAGGGUGUCCUGAACGUUGAGAGUGAGUUUGACGCAGCUGUGGUCGAGAUGAUGGCGGAUCGCCCUGUUAUUCCUGAGCUGGACCAGCCACCCACUGUUGCUGAGCUGGAGGCUGCACUGCGGACCAUGAAAGCGGGUAAAGCUGGUCGUCAGUCGGGCAUUCUACCGGACAUGGUCUUACAUGGUGGCAAAGACCUGCACAGUCGCAUCCUGACCAUCAUGCGUAAAUCCAGGCUCGAAGGCACUGUAGUCGAUGAUUGGCGUGAUGCAGUGGUUGUGCCCAUCCCCAAGAAGGGAGAUCUACUCCACUGUGAUAACUGGCGCGGCAUCAGUCUGUUGGACGUUGUUGGCAAGCUGCUUGCCCGUAUUCUGCAGGACCGCCUCAAAGCUAUCGCUGAAGAUGUCUUGCCAGACUCUCAGUGCGGCUUCAGAAAGGGACAUGGCUGCGUCGAUAUGGUGUACGUCGCACGGCAGUUGAUGGAGAAGACGUUGGAGCAUGAUUCAGAUGCAUAUGUCCUGUUCGUCGAUCUGAGAAAGGCGUAUGACAGUAUCCCGCGUGCAGCGCUGUGGCAGGUUCUCCAAAAGCUUGGUGUUCUGCCAACAAUGCUCCGCAUCAUUCAGUCACUCCACAACGGCAUGACUGCUUCUGUUCGGGUGAAUGGCAAGCUGACUGACCCGAUAACCGUGCGGAAUGGAUUGCGUCAGGGCUGCACUCUCGCACCAAUGCUCUUCAAUUUGUACUUCUCUGCCGUCGUUGCCAGUUGGAGGUCCAGUUGUCCGGACGCUGGCAUAUCCUUUCGAUAUAAAGUCGGGAGGAAGCUAGUAGGUGACCGAACGGCGAAGGGCAAGCUCCUGUCAUCAACGGUCACAGAAUCCCAGUUUGCUGACGACGCUGCACUCUACGCAACAUCUCGGCCUGCCUUCGAAGCGAUGACUUCCAGCUUCAUCACAUGCGCAAGCAGCUGGGGCCUGACGGUCAGUGUGAGAAAGACCAGGGGUAUGGCUGUGGGUGAGUCUGCUGAUCGCCGUGACGUUGUUGUUGGAGCAGACACGAUUGAGGUGGUGGACCAAUUCACCCACCUUGGCAGUGUGCUCUCCUCGGAUGGUCUUGCCUGUGCUGAUGUCCGCUCUCGCCUUGCGAAAGCCUCAGCUGUGUUCGGAGCCCUCAAAGCUCCUGUCUUUGAUAACCAGACCCUGUCGCUUUGCAGCAAGAGGCGUGUCUAUGAGGCUGUCGUCCUCACGACCCUCUUGUAUGGUGCGGAGACGUGGACCACCAAGGCAGGCCACCUCCAGAAGCUAAACACGUUUCACCAUCAGUGUGUUCGGUCCAUUGUGGGUAUCGGUCGUCGUCAACAGUGGGAUGAUCGGAUCUCAACGGCCACAUUAGCAGCUACAUUCGGUGUUGACCCUGAUAUCACCCGCAUCAUCCGUCGCCACCGGCUUCGUUGGCUGGGUCACGUCGGCAGGAUGGACGACUCACGCGCACCGAAGCAAUUGCUGUUCGAUAUUGACGAAUGUGGUGAUGGGAUUCACAGCUGUAAUACAAAUGCACAGUGCCAAGACAUUGAUGGUUCAUACACAUGUAUGUGCAAUAGUGGAUACACCGGAGAUGGCACAAUUUGCAAUGAUAUCAAUGAAUGUAUUGAUGGAAGUCACACAUGUAAUACCAAUGCACAGUGCCAAGACACUGAUGGUUCAUACACAUGUAUGUGCAAUAGUGGAUACACAGGAAACGGCACAACUUGCAAUGAUAUUGACGAAUGUGCCAGUGGUAUGAGUCAUGGCUGCAAUGCCAAUGCUGGGUGUAGUAACAAUGCUGGUAGCUUCCAAUGCACAUGUAAUACUGGAUACAGUGGAAAUGGGAUUCAAUGUACAGAUAUCGACGAAUGUAGUUCUGGAACUCAUAAUUGCAGUGACAAAGCUGCAUGCAUGAAUAUGGAUGGUAGUUUCCAAUGUACAUGUCUAAAUGGUUAUGGUGGCGAUGGACACAAUUGUACAAACAUGAAUGAAUGCAGUGAUGGUAGUCACAUGUGCAGUGACAAUGCAAAUUGUACAGACUCGCUCGGAUCAUAUGCAUGCACAUGUAAUACUGGUUACUAUGGUAAUGGGUCCAGCUGUGCAGAUAGGAAUGAGUGUUCAACUAGCAAGCACAAUUGUCACAAUGACUCUGAGUGCGUGAACAAUGCUGGUAGUUUUGUUUGUGUCUGCAAAACUGGUUAUACCGGCAGUGGGCAGAACUGCUCUGAUGUGAACGAGUGUACUGGCAUUCAUGAGUGUGAUAGUAACGCCAACUGCACCAACAGCAAGGGAUCUUUUACAUGCAGCUGUCACCAUGGUUAUGUUGGUGAUGGCAAGACCUGUUCUAACUUUGAUGAAUGCAACGCGACAAGAAAUGAUUGUGAUGGGAAUGCAACAUGCACUGAUACUAUUGGUUCGCAUCAAUGUGCAUGUAAAACUGGUUUUACUGGCAAUGGACGUGUUUGCAGCCAGGUACAUUGCAAACCUGUGGGUGCUCCUGCACAUGGUGGUACAAGCAGCAAGAGUCCCAAUAUCAACUAUGGAGAAACUCAAACGUUUACCUGUUCUGUUGGUUUUAAUCUUGUUGGAAAUGCAACAUUGUCAUGCGGUGCUGGCGGAAGCUUGAGUGGAACAGCACCUUUGUGCCAAGAUGUGGAUGAGUGCAAGGAUUCAAACGGAAAUCUUCACAACUGCCACAGUCUAGCAAUGUGCAAUAACUCCAAUGGAACAUUCCACUGUGUAUGUAUAGGUGGAUAUACUGGAAACGGCACACAUUGUGCAGAUAUUGACGAAUGUAGUGAUGGGAUUCACAGCUGUAAUACCAAUGCACAGUGCCAAGACAUUGAUGGUUCAUACACAUGUAUGUGUAAAAGUGGAUACACCGGAAAUGGCACAACUUGCAAUGAUAUCAAUGAAUGUGCCAGUGCACAAAACAACGACUGCCACUCAGCGGCUUCAUGUAUAGACACUGAUGGUUCAUACACAUGUAUGUGUAUUAGUGGUUACACAGGAAAUGGCACAACGUGCAAGGAUAUCAAUGAAUGCAGUGAUGGGACUCACACAUGUAAUACCAAUGCACAGUGCCAAGACACUGAUGGUUCAUAUACAUGUAUGUGCAAUAGUGGAUACACAGGAAACGGCACAACUUGCAAUGAUAUUGACGAAUGUGCCAGUGGUAUGAGUCAUGGCUGCAAUGCCAAUGCUGGGUGUAGUAACAAUGCUGGUAGCUUCCAAUGCACAUGUAAUACUGGAUACAGUGGAAAUGGGAUUCAAUGUACAGAUAUUGACGAAUGCAGUGAUGGGAUUCACAGCUGUAAUACCAAUGCACAGUGCCAAGACAUUGAUGGUUCAUACACAUGUAUGUGUAAAAGUGGAUACACCGGAAAUGGCACAACUUGCAAUGAUAUCAAUGAAUGUGCCAGUGCACAAAACAACGACUGCCACUCAGCGGCUUCAUGUACAGACACUGAUGGUUCAUACACAUGUAUGUGUAUUAGUGGUUACACAGGAAAUGGCACAACGUGCAAGGAUAUCAAUGAAUGCAGUGAUGGGACUCACACAUGUAAUACCAAUGCACAGUGCCAAGACACUGAUGGUUCAUACACAUGUAUGUGCAAUAGUGGAUACACAGGAAACGGCACAACUUGCAAUGAUAUUGACGAAUGUGCCAGUGGUAAGAGUCAUGGAUGCAAUGCCAAUGCUAGGUGUAGUAACAAUGCUGGUAGCUUCCAAUGCACAUGUAAUACUGGAUACAGUGGAAAUGGGAUUCAAUGUACAGCAACUUUCGGGAAUCUUGCCGUUCCUCUGCCUGAUCUUAAAGAUGUGUCAGCUAAUGUACGUAAUGACAUCCAAUCAUAUCGUUAUUCCAUUCUGAUGUGGAAUGAAAAGAAUCAGUCAUUGCUGCCAACAGGUCUACAAGGCACUGGUUUACUGGCUAUGCAGUUUCCAGUUUUGUUAGAGAAUGUGACAUUUGGUUACUAUGUUGCUGUCAUUGAUGGUCUGAGAAACAACAGCACCAGUGACCGUGGUACUAGUGGCAAUGAUAAGUUAUCACCUUCAUACUCAUCAUCAAUGGUUGUAGCAAGCAGUGCUGUGAACUUAGACUUUAACUACACUGGCACCACACCAAGUAUCCCUGGAGUUACUGGUGUGUGGCGUAGCUAUGAAUCAACGGGUGAUAACACUAUCGACAUCUUAAAACCACCAUCACCACCAGCACCAUUAAUGGAUUCGUAUGAUGAAGUUGUGUUUGUCUUCAAGAAUCCAGUAAUGAAUCGUACAGUUGUGGUAGUGAAGAGUACAAAUGAUUCAAGAGUGCAAGUACCUGUUGAAGAGUUAGGUGGUAGUCCAAUUCAGUAUAACUUCACAUAUACUUACUCAACAGCUGCUGUGGCUGGUGACAAGAGAAAGGAAAAUGUCACAUCUACUACAUCUCCCAUCUUCACUUUCCAACCAGCAACUCUCGGGAAACUUGCCAUUCCUCUGCCUGAUCUUCAAGAUGUGUCAGCUAAUGUACGUAAUAACAUCCAAUCAUAUCGUUAUUCCAUUCUGAUGUGGAAUGAAAAGAAUCAGUCAUUGCUGCCAACAGGUCUACAAGGCACUAGUUUGCUGGCUAAGCAGUUUCCAGUUUUGUUAGAGAAUGUGACAUUUGGUUACUAUGUUGCUGUCAUUGAUGGUCUGAGAAACAACAGCACCAGUGACCGUGGUACUAGUGGCAAUGAUAAGUUAUCACCUUCAUACUCAUCAUCAAUGGUUGUAGCAAGCAGUGCUGUGAACUUAGACUUUAACUACACUGGCACCACACCAAGUAUCCCUGGAGUUACUGGUGUGUGGCGUAGCUAUCAAUCAACGGGUGAUAACACUAUCGACAUCUUAAAACCACCAUCACCACCAGCACCAUUAAUGGAUUCGUAUGAUGAAGUUGUGUUUGUCUUCAAGAAUCCAGUAAUGAAUCGUACAGUUGUGGUAGUGAAGAGUACAAAUGAUUCAAGAGUGCAAGUACCUGUUGAAGAGUUAGGUGGUAGUCCAAUUCAGUAUAACUUCACAUAUACUUACUCAACAGCUGCUGUGGCUGGUGACAAGAGAAAGGAAAAUGUCACAUCUACUACAUCUCCCAUCUUCACUUUCCAACCAGCAACUCUCGGGAAACUUGCCAUUCCUCUGCCUGAUCUUCAAGAUGUGUCAGCUAAUGUACGUAAUGACAUCCAAUCAUAUCGUUAUUCCAUUCUGAUGUGGAAUGAAAAGAAUCAGUCAUUGCUGCCAACAGGUCUACAAGGCACUGGUUUACUGGCUAUGCAGUUUCCAGUUUUGUUAGAGAAUGUGACAUUUGGUUACUAUGUUGCUGUCAUUGAUGGUCUGAGAAACAACAGCACCAGUUACCAUGGUACUAGUGGCAAUGAUAAGUUAUCACCUUCAUACUCAUCAUCAAUGGUUGUAGCAAGCAGUGCUGUGAACUUAGACUUUAACUACACUGGCACCACACCAAGUAUCCCUGGAGUUACUGGUGUGUGGCGUAGCUAUGAAUCAAUGGGUGAUAACACUAUCGACAUCUUAAAACCACCAUCACCACCAGCACCAUUAAUGGAUUCGUAUGAUGAAGUUGUGUUUGUCUUCAAGAAUCCAGUAAUGAAUCGUACAGUUGUGGUAGUGAAGAGUACAAAUGAUUCAAGAGUGCAAGUACCUGUUGAAGAGUUAGGUGGUAGUCCAAUUCAGUAUAACUUCACAUAUACUUACUCAACAGCUGCUGUGGCUGGUGACAAGAGAAAGGAAAAUGUCACAUCUACUACAUCUCCCAUCUUCACUUUCCAACCAGCUACUCUCGGGAAUCUUGCCGUUCCCCUGCCUGGUCUUCAAGAUGUGUCAGCUAAUGUACGUAAUGACAUCCAAUCAUAUCGUUAUUCCAUUCUGAUGUGGAAUGAAAAGAAUCAAUCAUUGCUGCCAACAGGUCUACAAGGCACUGGUUUACUGGCUAUGCAGUUUCCAGUUUUGUUAGAGAAUGUGACAUUUGGUUACUAUGUUGCUGUCAUUGAUGGUCUGAGAAACAACAGCACCAGUGACCGUGGUACUAGUGGCAAUGAUAAGUUAUCACCUUCAUACUCAUCAUCAAUGGUAGUAGCAAGCAGUGCUGUGAACUUAGACUUUAACUACACUGGCACCACACCGAGUAUCCCUGGAGUUACUGGUGUGUGGCGUAGCUAUGAAUCAACGGGUGAUAACACUAUCGACAUCUUAAAACCACCAUCACCACCAGCACCAUUAAUGGAUUCGUAUGAUGAAGUUGUGUUUGUCUUCAAGAAUCCAGUAAUGAAUCGUACAGUUGUGGUAGUGAAGAGUACAAAUGAUUCAAGAGUGCAAGUACCUGUUGAAGAGUUAGGUGGUAGUCCAAUUCAGUAUAACUUCACAUAUACUUACUCAACAGCUGCUGUGGCUGGUGACAAGAGAAAGGAAAAUGUCACAUCUACUACAUCUCCCGUCUUCACUUUCCAACCAGCAACACAUGGGAUACUGAACCUCCCUCUCCCUGACAUGGAACAGCUAGACCGGUCGGUCUGGAAAUCUGUGCAGACGUUCAAGUACUCCUUGACGAGGUGGAACGGCACGCAUUUGGACAAGACAGGCCAUGGUGGCCAGGGUUUGCGACACGAUGACUUCCCAGUCCAGUUCACAAACACCCAAUUUGGCUUUUAUGUCGCAAGUGUAGAGGGCGUGUCAUCGGAGAACGCCACAGUUAUCCGUGCUACCUUUGGCCUGGACUUCAACUACACGGACGUUGAGAUCCCUGCGAUUCCUGGCACAUGUGCCGACGAUAGCCUUCCUGAGUGGUUGGUGAUCGGAAAUGACGCAUCUACUGGCCAGUUCUCCUUGCCUAACCCCACCUGUACUGUGCCUGCAGGAACUAAGGAUAGUAACACUAGCGUUGGCAAUGGUUACAGUGGUGCAGGUAACACGCGUCCCUAUGACAGCAUUCGCAUUAGAUUUACCGACCCAGACACCAACAGGAGUGUGACAGUGGUCGUGCCGAUCUCCAACCGCUCCGUUCCGAUUCCAGCAGAGUUUGUGCCGGGACGGGUAAGCAUAGACUUCCAGUACGUCAACUCCUCGUCCGCUGGCAACGUGACAAGCCCCUGGUCACCUCCCUAUGUGAUAACCACUACAAACUCAGUGACAGUCACACCGCAUACAUCACCUGCAACAUCUAGAACUGCUGGUGGCGAGGAGGAGGGUAAUCCUGCUUCUGCUACUGACAACAGCUCCUGGGUCGUGCUCACUAGCAUUGGCGCCGUGGCGGUCCUGCUGCUGGCCGUGGCUGCCCUGGUCGUCAAGCAGCGCAUGAAUAAGAGGGCCGAAGAAAAACGUGCCAUCAACCUUAUGACGCGCAGAACUGGAAACGACAAGACGGAUUGGGAGAAUGAGUACUUUGAUGACGGCAUGCGACACGAAAUGAACGACCUGUUUGGCAGCCCCGACCCCAACUCAAUGGCAGACACUGACCUGGACGCUACUGAUGAGUGUAGAACUGCAAUCGAUGACGGAGAGAGCUCGUCAGUGAGCAGUCAGUCUCCUGAAAACCGUACCGGUCACAAAUUGGCAAGAUACGCAGCCAACUGGGACGAGAACGCCAGUCCUCGCCUCACUCAGCGGACUCCAAGCUGCUCAUCCGAGUUGGAUCUGGGCGAUGUGGAGGCCGACCCAACUGCUGAUGCACGCGAUGGAAAUGGACUGGCCUCCAGGCCCACCGGCGCCAGCAGCCAAGGAAACAAGAGUAAGCCUCGCAAGAAGGACCAGAAUACACUGCGCAAGGCAGCUGCCUUCCUUAACAUGAUGCGAUCCGGCAGCAACAACAACACAAGCACCACUGAGGAUGCCGUUGAUGAUGACCGAGAUGUAGCUACUGCCCUGGGCAAUGAGGGGGAGGGGCGGUUUAGUCUGGGCAUGGAUGGAAUGCGUUCGGACACACUCUCUACUAUGGAGGAAUAUGACCCGGUAACAGGUUUUGAAGCGGAAGAGUACUCGGACUAUGGCGAUGUCCUUGAUAUGCUCCACGGUGCCGACCCCAGAGAGUCCAGCACGGACAUUGCGGACUACGAUCUCUUCCAGCGUCCACACACUGGUGGCUCCAUGAGUCCUCAGCCAUCUCUCACUGACAGCAACACAUACAGCACGGCGUUUGGUUGUGAUCGUCUCGACGCACUCUACGAUGAACUGUCACAAACCUGGCUCUGCCAGGACUGCUUUGCCGAUCCGGACACGCGGAAGGAGAUCAAUGAGGGUGCCUAUGCCUGUGUGCACAAGAAGCGUAUUCCCAACCCACACUACACCAAUGCGGGAGACGAUCGUGGACUAGACGCCGACUCCGUGCCUGCAUUCGGCAGUGACGGCGAAGAGUAUGUGUACACGAGCGUGAAGAACAACUAUUUAGACUUCCAGGCGCCAAAGUCCUCACAAGGCCCGGAUUGGCCGUCCAAUCCAAGGAACCAGUGUCGCUCCAACCCGUCUGCUCACAGCCGCCUCGCCUUGUUACCAGGCGCUCGCCAGCCACCUCCUGGUACCCAGGUAGAGGAUUUCAUGAGCCAUGGUGCAGACUUUGUCGGCAUGAGCGACAACGAGAAACCCUACAGUGACCCGUACGAUCAUACAGUGUCUGCAUCCGAUCCAGACUCUCCCUACUCGAAUGCCAACCCACUAGCCAGUAGACUACGUAAAAAGCGUAACCAAGAUCUACCAGGUGACAGUACUCUUAUCCAGUCUCCUGACGAGUACGUUCAGUUUGCUCCAGGGCCAAACGGUGCUCUGCAACCCGUCAUGCCCUCCACCGCCACCGCCGCCGCAGCAGCAGCAACAGCAGCAACAGCUGAGCAGCAACAGCAGAACACUGGGGCACGGAAUCCGAAAAGAUCCGUAUUGCCAGGACGACCGCUGUCCGCCCUGGAGAACGAUGCCAACUCUGCUCCCGCCACGCAUGGAAUGAGCUCCACUGAUUCGAAUCGCUAUGUGCACAUACGCACGCCCACUCACUCGAUCACUGCCGCUGCUGCUUCUUCCACUGCUCAAACAGGCACUGACGGGCAGCACGACAAACAAAGCAGGACAAGCGAUGGCAACACCAGCUCGAGCGUACAACCUAGCUCAAUCCUGGAAGCACCACUGAUCUGGGGAAUGGAUCCCAAGCCAACAGCAGUAGCUAACAAUACCGAUGCCAACACCAACAACAACAGCAGCAGCAACAACAACAGAAACAGCAACAUGCCAACAAAGCAGACCACUACUGGCAAUGAGGAUAAAAACAAUACCAGCAACGAGCCACUCGUGUGGAAUCCUCCCACUUCAAAGCCUACUGAUCUGGAUGCUGACAACACGGCAGUCGAUCAACAACAGCCGCAGCGGCAAAGCUUUGACAGAACUCAAGCGGCACAUUACCAGAACGAUCGGCAAAAUAAUGGCCGUCCCAGCGUUACUUACGAAGAGGCUGGCCUCUGGCACGAGCUAGGAGAAAACGGUCACAUCACCAGGGACGAUGGAGGUCUACCAGAGGCAAACGGCGAGACACUCCAGGUACUUGAUGAAGUCCUGGCUGACCUGACGGAGGAACGUUGGCAAGGAGGGUCCGCAGCUGGUAAAGAUAUCUCGCGAGAUUCCAAGUCAAAGCGUUUAAUCCUUGGCAAGCGAAAAGGUAAGGGCCCCAAGCAGCCCGCACAGAAGGACCUUCGUGAAUGGCAAGCUGACUAUGACGAGGGAGGUGAUGACUACAUUCUGUUCCCAAACACGGACGCACCUACGGUGGAGGACCGGUCCAAGCUCCAGCAGUUCAAGCGUGUGAUCUCUUCGCGCAAGAACGGAGGCGGGGGUGGCAGUCAUAAGGUGGCGCCAGUCUCACACAGUGCCAUGGCGGGUAGUGACAGUGACAGUAGCGAGUACAAUGCCAUGGGUCCCGACGGUGGCCUAGGCCGGUCCGACCACGCUAUGUUUACGUUCAAUGACACCGUUAAUGACGUUGACCUGCAUGGCAACAUGGCGGAGGAGGCAGACGCUGGAAGCCACUUCACCAACAAGAGAAUCGCUCAUCUGAGGAAGUCGGAGCGUAAGCAGGUGCGACGAGUAAAGUCAUUCAAUGACAUAUCUAGCAAGCCCAGCAUUGCUACGGCUGCUUCAGUAGACAGCAUUGUUGACGACAUUCUGGUAGAGCGGUACGAUGUAUUCAGUGAGGAUCGUCUCCGCCAGCCGGGAUCCAAUGCUGAUAAUGAGAACAAAGAGGAGGGUGAUUAUGAGAUGUUCCCGGCCGAUAUGUUGAAACGCUUCAUGCCCAAUGCGCAGAAGGCUGAGAUUCGCAAAUCGGAGUCAGCCGCCGAUGUCUUCGGCCGUGGACUACUGGGGAGGCGUGCCAGCAGCGAAGACAACGGCUUUGAGUAUGGUAUGCCAAAUAAUGGCGUACCGUCCUUCGUUCCAGCCAGCAGUGGUGACGCGGCCGACGCGUACGAUGACACUCUAACCUUCCCAAUUGCUGCUGGUGCCUCUCUUCCUGGGAAUGCACGGUUGGCGGGAUACGAGAGUGCUGCGAAUAUCGCCGCUCCUUCCGCGGAGAAGAAGGCCAGGAGUGAUCGCUUCUGGACUGCGGGCUACGACGACGUGGUUGCAGCCCAGCCCAAGGACAAGACGGGCAAGAAAGGACAGAAGGAGCAACGUGAGUCUAUCGACAUGAUGGACGAAGACUUGGAGGAUGAUGACGACCUGCAUUGUAUUAUUCCCACGGCAGCCGCAAGAUCCGUCUUCAUCAGCGCCGCGCAGAAGACGGAGCCGGGAAUAACGGCGGCUGAAGCCAUCGAGCGCGAAGACCCGUACGCCCUGACCACGAACCUUGAGAAGACUGAGAACACGUCACUGAUCAAGCAGGCCGAGCAUCGCAUUGUCAGCAAGAUGAGUCUGCGUAAGAAGAAGGGCAAGAAGGCGGAUGUGUAAGCACUGUGCCACAGAACACUGACACCCGGACACUGGUCAGAGUGUGCGGUGGCAGGAGUAUCAGAAUCAUGCCAGCCACUGCCCUCAGACCAAUCCGUGCAGUACAGAUAAAUAUAGGAUAGCGCUGGAAGCAGGAAUUGAUGCUUACCAUAAUGCCAGCACUGUGACCUUUUAAUUAAAUUAAUUCAACACCCGCCUAUUAUGCGGCGCAGGCUCGUCUGUUUGCCAGCCAAGGCCAGAGAUUGGGAAGACACCAGAGCAGCUGCUUUCCACGCUGCUUGCCAUGAGUAUAAUGUAAUUUGUUUAAUUUAAAAUGCGCUGCCUUCGCCUGCCAUCCACUAGUCACAAGUAAAGGGCUUCACUGCGUCUUUAUAAUACCGCUCAUGCUGUAACCAUAAUUAGACUAUAGUGCGGAAUAGUCAAUUUCUCACCACGUCUGGAAAUAAAUUUUAAAAGAAAGUUUUAUAUUAUCAUUUCCAUGGAAAUUGCUCUGUUGCUCCCACACGUAUUGUAGCAUAAUUAUCAAAAACCAGUGGAAUCGUGAGUGGUUCGGAUGAUCUCCUCUCUUUCUCACUCCUGUGCGCGGCCCUUGGAAGGUCAGGGUCAUCAACAUUCUGGUUUACAGUGCUAUUGUCUGAUGCCACCAUUCUUGUCCAUUACCUGUUUGAGCCGGUCAGCAUGAGGCUAUGCAGACUUCUCUAUUCUCAGUAGACACCUCUUUUCUGGUUGAUUGUUGUGUUUUGCAUUUCUGGGUCUGCUGCUGCUGCUGCUACCACUCUACACAUGUACUCUUGGUUGUACUAACUAAUAUUUGUUAUAUACUACAGUGCAUUUCAAAACUAUAGACGCGUAGGGUUUUUGAAAUAUUUCAAAUUUGGUUGGAACUUUUUGAGAAUAGUUUUCGGAAUAUUGCUCAGGAUCGCUCCACAAUUACUCUCAUAUAGUUUCUAAAGGAUUGGAUAACAGACGCCCAAUUUG